CUCAUGCCGAAGAAGAAGGGCCCACCCUAUCUCGAUGACCCGGGAUGUAGAUACAUCGUUAUCGAAAAUCCAUGGCCAAAUGGCAAGUUCGGUGGUGCCCGAGAUGAUGCAUACUAUCAGGAAGUUGGUGCAUGGAUGAGGUACGCUCUGAACAAAGCAGCGUACCCUGAGACGAUAUAUAGUCGCAACACGAGGGCCGACCUCGUUGUCAAGUUCUCACAAGAUGUUGACAUCAAACCAUUACUGGGUGCUCAUUAUUGGCCUAAUUUUCUCAAGAAGUCUGACGCGGAGCGGGAGCUCUCUCAGAUCUUCGCUUUCAACUACCGCAAAGAGGGACAUCCUGAGAACCAUCAAUGGGCCAUCCACGAAAUUGAUCUAGACGACCCUCGACGCUGGGCUGGCAGAGUGCCGUUCAAGCAGCCGUACUUCCCGCCUACUUUUGCUGAGCCGCACAGGCUGUCGUGCGCAGACCUUGCACUUCCUAUACCGAGACCACGUGAAGAGGCAGCAGAUCCUGAGCCGCAAGCAGAAGUACAUCCAUUGAAACCCAGAAUUGCAUUACCCGACUCUGCCACGCAGACGGGGCAGUCUCGGGCGGGGUCUUUGUACUCUUUUGCCUAUGCAAUGGCACCAAAAGUCGAAGAAGAACCAGAGCCACGUCGAGCAGCAGGCCAAGAGCACCCAGCACGACCCGACGAGCCAUUAUUAUCAUCUACUCGGAGCCCAACGGCGGAGCCGGUUGCCGCACGUCAACGCAAGCCACCCAAUACACCGGCCGCAGAGUCCACACCUGAUACCCGACAACAAACCGGAGGUAUGUUCUGGACCAUUCAACGUAGCUUGUGAC